CGUCAGUUCCACGCAGCGCGGUGCACGUUUAGCUGCACGAUGUCUGUGUUUAUGGACCUAAAUCUGACUUUUACCGGGGACAAGGACGAGCUCCGGAAGUUGGUGGAGACAGCGGCUCACCUGGGAUACUCAACUGUGGCCAUUAAUUAUGUCUUUGAACCAGACACCAAAAAGAAAACACCUGUGCCCACUCCUCUACCCAUUUCAGAGCUCAUCCAGACCCCUCCCAUUGUCCAGGGCCGCUCUCAGCCAAUCAAAAUCCUCAACAGACUGACCAUCAUGAUGUCAGACUCCAGCCACUACAGAGCCAGUUGUCCUGAGUACAGACACUACGAUCUUUUGGCCGUUCAGCCUGACACUGAUAAACUGUUUCUGUCGGCCUGCAUGACCUAUGACAUCGACCUCAUCUGUCUCAGCGUGAGCGACAGGCUGCCCUUCUUCUACAAGAGAGCUCCGGUCUUUGGGGCUCUGGAGCGUGGUGUAGCGUUUGAGGUCUCAUAUUCUGCAGCCAUCAGAGACUCCACCAGGAGGCGCUACACUCUGGCCAACGCCAUGUUCCACUCCGACAUCUGCAAAGGAAAGAAUAUGGUGGUGUCGAGCGCUGCAGAGAAGGCUCUGGAGAUCCGAGGACCCUAUGAUGUCAUGAACCUGACGCAGCUCUUCGGUUUGACGGAGCGCUGUGGGAAAGACGCCGUGACCACGAACUGUCGCUCAGUGGUGCUGCACGGAGAGAGCAGGAAAACCGCAGGAGGCAUCAUCCGCACCUUUAAACGGCCGGACACAGCACAGAUAAACUUAAGUGAGGAUUGUCCCGCUUCUAAACGAGCAAGAGCCGACAUCACAGAAGGAAAUUAAAAUGUUUAACUUGUAAAUAUUCAACUCUGAAAUUCUGAGUUAGAUUUGAUUUAAAUAAAAUUACUCAAAAUAUG